ACGUGGCCAUUGCCACCCAUUACCAGGGGGACCUUGCUCUAUACUUCCGAAAGAAGCCGCGAAUUCCAUUACCAGGGGAUUCAGAUAUGCCAAUUUCAUUGUCUCGACUGGGAAAUUCCAUCCCCUUCUCCGGUACUUUCAGGCAACUGGAGCAAGAGAUGGAMACUGUCAUAAGGGUUUUGCAGCCUGGACCUUUGGGAAUUAUUGAACACAAGUUUUCUGCUGAGGAGAUGCGCCAGGCACAAUCCACUGUUCGUGAAGCAGUAAAUAAUUGGCRAAGGAAUACAAGUAUUGAAAAACAAAGUAGCAUUUCAAGUAGUCAUAUCUAGGGAAUAAGAUUGUUUCCAUAACGAUUUUGAAAGAUAUAUUGUGUAAUUUCUUUAUGAGAUUCUCAAUAAAGAUUAGAUUAAAUGGUGAUAUUCACUAAAAUUAAAGUUGAA